CCUAUUUCCUUCAUAUUCUCGUAUCCCCGCCUCCGCUUUGUUCUCCUCUUAAUCUCUCCUAUUCAUUUCUAGAAGAGACCCAUGUGGGCAUUUCUCCGAAAAGGUGCUUAUUUUGUUCUUCGUCUUCGUCUCCUCCCUGUGUAGCCCUUACUGUUUCUCUCUCACCUUUUUAAAGAAGCAACCCCACUGACCCAGCUCUCUGUCUAAAAUCUAACACCCCCUUCCAAUUCUCUCUUUCUCUUGGAUAUAAAUACUCUUCUCUCUUUUUUUUCUUUUUUUUUUCUUUUUUUUUUUUUGCUUCGAGUGUUGGAGAGGAGAAUAUAAGAUCACUGUUUGAGAAACUUGUGAUCAAUCUCACCAUUCGCUGUGAGAUAGAUUAGCACCAAGAUGGGCCGGCAGUCACCAUAUCUCAUUUGUGGCUAGAUAUAAUCUAGCAAUGGACCAAAUAUACUCCAAUGUACAUGGAUUAUGCCUAUACGGAAAUGAAAGUAUGGAGGAUGGUGCAAGGUUAGGAGAGGACAAGGACAGAAGUUGUGCCAUAUCAGAGCUUGAACCAACCAAAAAUAGUAAAAAGUGCUUGCAAAACUCGUGCCCUUGUAGUAACCAACUCGCCUGUCCGAAUUACACGAGUGUCGCUAGACCGAAUAAAAGUUCAGCAAGUUGUACUGUUGAGUCAGGUGGAGUUAACUAUGACCCUCUUGAUGUAUUUUCAAGAAGUCCAGCCUUUUUAAGCUUUCCUACAAGUGUUAUAUCCUUAGAUUUUAUCAUCAAAAGCUUGAGAAAUCGUAGAACACAUAGUAUAAAUGCUCUUACUGACUUCGUAAUGGGGUAUUCGUGGAAUUCUAGUAAAUGGGAUAUAGUUAAAAGUCCUUUCCGGAGAUGGGCAGUUGAUUCUAUUCAGGCGAUGGUCGAUAUGCGGACAGUGUCAGCAAAUCCAUUGGCUUCUCAACUGGGAAAUGGAAAUUGUGACAUGCCCAAAAACGAUGGUGGAGUAAUAAUACCUUUGCGGAAGCAGACUCCGGAGUUCAGUUUUUCGGAGAAGUCGUUCUUGUCUUGCUCAAGCAUAACUUCAAAAGGCCCAUACAACUCAGCAUCGUCUGCUCAUAACUUUGUUUCAACCGGCAUUCUUCGCUGUAUUUGGAGAAGUGGCCUUCCUUACUUCGAGUUUUGUCUAGGCGAUAAUGAAGGCGAGUUUUAUAUUGCAAAUCCUAUCAAGGUGAAUCCUUCUAGUGAAAAGGCCUUGGAUUAUUUAUAUAUGUUUUACACUAAGACAAGAAAGGAUAUAAGUAACCAUCCUAGUGGCGCAUCGAAACUUGUUGGUAGGAUGAAAGUAUUGAGUUCUUUCAUCCUAGACCCCGACUCUGCUAAUUUUAUUGAAACCGAGUUCAUUUUGUUUGGAUUAAAUGAAGACAAUUCGAGAGACACGAAAGCUUCCUCCUCAGUUGUAACAGCUAAGGGGUUCGCCAAGAAAGUUAGAGAAAUUCUGAAGCCGAAUCAUUCAUUGAAGACUAAAUAUAGCCACAAAUCAGAGCGAUCUAGUUCUUAUGUUGAAACUCCUGAUGAAGUGAUCAUUUGUGAAUUGAAUGAUGAUGAUAAUUUGCCAUCCAAUUUAGUUGAUGAUUUUAUGCCCAAUUUUGAGUUAGCUGCAAUAGUUGUAAGAAACUAUCAGCAUAGACAUGAAAAAGAGUCCGUUUCUGGUGGCUGGGGCCUAAAGUUUCUUGGGAAAGCUAAGUUAACUCAUGUUGAUAUUCCUAUAGAGCCCCUGUUUUCUACGAAGGGUUGUGAACAAAGUUGUUUGCAGAAUAGAAUGAAAUCCAGUAGCAGAAUAAAUGUCGUAGUCCCGGCAGGUUUUCAUGGCGGCCCAAUUACCAACAGUGGGGGCCCAUCAAGUCUUACCGAAAGAUGGCGGUCCGGUGGGUCAUGUGACUGUGGUGGGUGGGAUGUUGGGUGUCCUAUUACAGUCUUUAACAACAAUUCAAUUUCAUAUGAAGCUACGGCGAAAAUGGAGCCGAAGGAGUUGAAUUCUAUUGAUCUAUUCUUUGAGGGUUCAAACUAUAGUGAUCCUAUACUCAGACUUGUCCAUGAGAGUGAAGGCCUUUGCAUUAUCUACAUUCCGCCGACUCUUUCGGCUUUGCAAUGCUUCGCCAUUGGAGUAGCAAUAAUCCAUUCCCAGGCGUCAGAACUGUAUCCAAAGCUGUGAAACAGAAAGAAUUACUAUGCGAUGGUAUUGUCUUUUGCUUCCGCUGUUCUUCUCUAAUGAUUGACAAAUUUUGAAGUAUCUACACUGGGAUAACAUAUAGAUGAGUGUUAUUCUUUUUACCCUUGUAUGUUUUUUUUUUUUUAAAUUUUUUGACUCUCUCAAUGUUGUAUAGAUGUGCUUUUGUAUAGUUGGAUGAUAUACGGCCGGCCAUGCAUUCUGUUUGCUUCUGUUGCAGUUGUGAGAAUUGAGUCUUAUUAAUUUUUCAAUUUGUUUGUUUAA